UUGAAUAUUCUAGUAACUUGUGUGGUAGUACUUACAUUGAUAAGGAAUUCAUUCGAUAUCUUUGUGAAAAUUUUGAAUUAUAUAAUGCAUUACAGCAACUACAAAUUCAUAAUUACGAUCAAUUACAAUACCUUGCUCAGGAAUUCUGUAAAAAAGUAAAAUUGCCUUUUACCGGGGAUCCAUCGACUUUCAAGCCUGUAAGUAUAGAUUUGGAAGAUUCUUGCCCAGCGAUUGUGAAGUAUGUAACUGGAGAUAUUAGAGAGCGAAUGAUAGACGCUGAAUGGAUGAUUGAAUUGGGUUAUGACGAUGUUAAAGCGAUGUUUGAUCCAGUUGUCCAAAGAAUUAUAUCUCACAUAGGAAAUCAUUUGUCAACAUCAAAAAGUAAAUACGAAGCCAUGUUUCUUGUUGGAGGAGGCAGCGAAAACCAAUAUAUACAGGACCAGAUGAAACUAGCCUUUAGUCAAAAUUUUUCAAUGAUUGGAAGUCCUAAGCAACCAAUCACCGCUAUAGUGCGGGGAGCUGUGCAAUACGAGUUAGAAAAGAAUAGGAAUAUAUCAAGUGCAUCACACGGAUCUGCACAGUACGGAUUAAAUAUGCAAAAUAAUAUACUGGGUGUGCCUCAAUCCAAACAUGUCACCAGUACAGAAUCUGAGCAUGUCACCAGUACAGAAUCCGAACAUGUCACCAGUACAGAAUCCGAACAUGUCACCA